UUUUCAGUAUCUCAUCUUCAUGCCUUGGUAGGGGGACCUCUAGCGAGCGCAGGGAAAAAUGUCCCUAGCCAGAUUCGCACCCACACACAGCACCAAGCUGCGGAUGCGAAUUCCCACAGUCUGUUGUUGUGCACCUCACAAGGGCCAUACUUUGCCAUGUAGCAAAACAUUUCUGGUCCCAUAACCUCCCAUCCAGCACAGAUCGCCCCCUCUCAUUGCCAUAACCCCUCCAUCGGGUACCCUCUGGCGAAGGCUCAUCACUUCGUUAGUUGCACCCGCACCAAUGGGCCGGUUGGCGCACGCUCGCCAUCGACUAAAAUUUUCAGAUUCAAACCAUUACCUCAUCUUCAACUCCACUGCAAUCAUGGCUGAAGAACCAGUAGACGUCCCAAUAGUCGACGAAAACGCCGAACAAGAACAAGAACAAGAACAAGAACAAGAACAAGAAUAUGACUUGGAAAAGAUCCGGUUGUUGCCUGGUGCCUCUGAAGACGGAACCGCAGCAUCGUUCCAAGUGAUCGACGAAGACCACACCCUCGGAAAUGCAUUACGUUACAUCAUCAUGAAGAACCCAGAGGUCGAGUUCUGUGGUUACUCCAUCCCCCAUCCUUCAGAAAACAAAUUGAACAUCAGAAUCCAGACCUACGGUAACAUCACUGCCGUGGAGGCCUUGCACCAAGGCUUGGACAACUUGUCCGAGCUCUGCACUGUGGUUGAAGAGAAGUUCAGCGAGAAGAUAGAAGCCGGUGGAUACAAGACCACUGCCUGAGCACCGAAUGCCAGUGGGGCCCCCCUCCACUGACUUCACGAGCCUCUGGCUCCUGUAUAUUACAUAUCCUUACGAUAAUACAUUGC